AGGCUCGAGUCGCAGAAUUCGAAAAGAAGCUGGUCAGCCUAGAAACGCAAAUAGAACUCAAGCAGGCCUCUAUUCGUGAUGAGGAGAAUCGGGCAGCUACCUUGAAAGCCAAUAGGGAAGAGCUCAAAGCCUCUCUUGAAGACAAGAUAAAGGAAGUGGAACAGCUCAGCGCGACGUAUGCGCAGAUCAAGACCCAACAUGAGGCAUUCCAGCAAAGAUUCAAUAGUAAACAGGAGCUCUUGCAAACCUUGCAAACAGGAUUAGCAGACUCGGCGAAUACUUCGGGCGGUGGUUACUUGGGUCAAUUGGCGGAAGCCAAAGCUCGAGUCGUACAAGCACAGACCGAAGAGGAGCAAGCUCAUAGGCAAGGCUCGAUAGUAGAGAAAGAGUUGAAAGAAGCGCAAGAGAAAUGGAAGAAAGUUGAAAAGGAAGCUGGAGACGGUUCUAGGGCACUGGAAAAAAAGAAACAAGAGCUCGAGAAGUUGAAGCGCAAUCUAGCUGCAAUGGGUUGGAGUGACGAAAAAGAGUCUUCAUUCGUAUCUGCGCUUAAGAAUGCCAGGGAUGAAAAACGAGACUCUCUUAAGCAACGUCUAUCAAAUCUAGAUUUCUCCUACACGGAUCCUGUUCCCAACUUCGACCGGAGAAAAGUAAAGGGCUUGGUCGCUAAUCUUAUCAGUAUCGGCCCCGACAAUUACCCCAAGUCCACUGCGCUGGAAAUAGCAGCAGGUGGGAGGCUGUACAAUGUUGUUGUAGAAGAUGAACGCGUCGGAAGUCAACUCCUUGACGGGGGUGGCCUGAAGAAAAGAGUUACACUCAUACCCCUCAAUAAAAUAAAGGCUUUCACUGCUUCUGCCCAGAAACUAUCUACUGCCACGAAGGUCGGUAAUGGGAAGGCUCGCUUGGCACUGGAGCUGGUCGGUUAUGAGCAAGAAGUCUCAAAUGCCAUGGCAUAUGUCUUCGGAGACGUUCUGAUUUGUGACAAUUCGGAGACAGCCAAGGCCGUUACUUUCCAUCCCCAGAUUCAGCUCAAAUCAGUGACCAUCAACGGAGAUGUCUAUGACCCAUCUGGCACUAUCAGUGGCGGCAGUGCUCCCUCCAGCUCAGGUCUUCUUAUCAAGGUUCAGGAACUCAAAGAGGUUGAACGAUCCUUGGCGAAGGCUAUGUCUUUAUAUCAGAGUCUCCAGCAAGAAGAGCAAAGCAACCUUGCUACCAAGAACGCAUGGAACACAACAAAGCGAGAAGUCGAUAUCAAAACCCACGAAAUUGUCCUUCUUGAGCAACAAAUUAGCGGGGGUAGCGCCGCUAUGAUCGAAAACAGCAUUAAAGACCUAGAUCAGCGAUUAAAGGGGCUAAGGGAAGCAGCUGUCGCUGCCAAGGGGCGACAGAAAGAAGCAGAAGCAGAAUGCAAGAAGUUGGAGAAGGAUAUGAAUGAGUUCAAAACUAACAAGGAUGGAAAGCUUAAGCAACUCAAGAAAAAUGAACUCCAUGCUCUUAGCAUCCAACUAAAAGAACACCAACGAGCAUCCCAAACCGGUCAAAUGGAACUGGGUUCGUCAUUACCCUUUACAGGGGCAUCCAAAUCAUCAGUAGCGGAAGCGCGAGAGGCUGUAGCAUCCCAUCAGGCUGAGCUAGCUGAACUGACCAAGAUGUUGGACAACACCAAGAAACACUACGAGGAGGCAUCCUCGAAACUUCAAGCAGAACUGGCUGCUUUGACUCGGUUUGACGAGGAAGUAAAAGGCCUAGAUGCAGCGAUUGCACGUAUCAAAGAAGAGAUUACCGACGCCGAAGUGACAGUCAAGAAGGCCGAGCAUGAUAUUCAAACCACUCAGAAAGAGAAAGCCAGCUCACAGGCUCACGUAGCCGCCCUCGAGAAGGCACAUCCUUGGAUUCAAGAGGAAAAGAAGCAUUUCGGCAAGCCAGGUACUCUAUACGACUAUACUGGGGUGGAUAUCCCCCAAUUGAAAGAGAAGGCGAAAGAACUCGAGGAGCUCCAGAAGGGCAUGAAAAAGAAGAUCAACCCCAAGGUUAUGGCCAUGAUCGACACGGUCGAGAAAAAGGAAGCCGACCUCAAAAAGAAUCUUCAAAUCGUCCUUGGUGACAAGACGAAAAUAGAGGGAACCAUUGAGCAAUUGGAUGUGCUGAAACUCGAGGCAUUGGAGACUACAUGGACGAAAGUCAGCAAAGACUUUGGAGAAAUCUUUGGAGAUCUUCUACCCGGAAACAAUGCUAAAUUGCAAUAUGUUGAACGGGGUAAUAUCAGCGCUGGCCUUGAGGUGAAAGUCCAACUUGGUUCUAUUUGGAAGCAAAGUCUUACGGAGCUGAGUGGUGGUCAAAG